GUCUCGAUUAUAGCUGCGCGUUUUGGUGCUUUACAAUUUGAUGUCUAGGACUACAUAACACUAAUUAUAUGCUACAGCCAUAGGAAUAGUUAUCUGCGUAUACUGUGUUCAAUAUCAGCAGUUUUGGCUCCUGGUAGAGGCGAAAUCAAAUGCAAGAUACCCCGCUAUGAUAUAUGCUAUAGUCUCACCUUUGUUCGCAGUCCUUUCUCAUCGCUGGUAUGGUAAUGAUUGCCGUAGGUGAUCUUUUGAUAGCAGGAACAAUGGCAUAUUAUUUACACAGGGCACGGUCGAGUGUAACACGGUGGUUGCUCACGUCCUCCUGCUACAAACAUCAUUUACUAACGUAUGAUUUUAGCUCAAAGACGGACAGCCUUAUUACUAAACUACUGAUCUAUACUGUAGGCACUGGUGCGUUGACUUCAAUGGUAGGAUUUGCAGCCCUGAUAAUGUAUCUAGAAGAACGGAAUACCCUCUACUUCCUCGGAGUAAUCCUGGUGCAAGUGAAAGUUUAUACUAAUUCAGUCUUGACCUCACUAAAUGUCCGAAAAUACAACGCUCGGUUACUUUCCUAUAAACCUAGCGACACGUUUACGCUUACAGCCGUGGGUCAUAGUCAAUCGCAGCGCUCGGAGGAAUAUGGUAGACGGGGCGAGGAACCAUCUGUCCCAAGAGGCUAUAUACUGCCUAUGCAUCACCCUUUCAAUCCGAUAUCACCCUCAUUGCGAUAAUUCCAGAACGUUGUGCACGCGGCAUCAUCGCUAGACGUUAGACCCCCCGGUUUUGGUUAGAAGUGAUGGUAAGAUGACAUUUCAUGACUAGCAACGCUCGAUCUAGACUAUUUUUAAUCUAUUUACAGUACAGUAGACUAUAUAUUAUCAUUGUAUAGACUGUAUAUGUAUGGGGGCCUGGAGGACCCGAUAUGAAAUUACGAGUAACUCUUCCG